AUGGCUACUCGGACCAAAUCUGAAUUACCUCCAUCGCCACAAGAAUAUAAUUCAGAUGGAUAUGAAGUAUUAGAAGAAGAAGUGGAAGAAAAGCGACAACCAGUUAACAACAACGUAGCAAAUAUCUUGGAGAGGCUCAAGUCAUCUGGUGCGUCGAUCAGAAAACCGAAAAAUGAGUUUUACUGUUUCACUUGCAAAGUAGACUUUCCAGACUGGGAAGAAUUAGAGAAUCACCUGAUACAACACGUUUCCCUGCCAGCUGUUGUUCUCGACAAACUGCCUUCAGAUGAUGAAGAUGGUCCUCCUUCGGGAGAUGGGAACUGGUCUGAUGAUGAGGAAUCAUUACCCCUCAAAGUACCACUGCAGAAACCUCUACAAAAAUUAGAUAUAUCGCAAAUUCUCAAAAACAAAGGUAUCUCUAUUAAAAAGAACGAAAGUUCACCUACAUCUACCUCGGCUUUAGACAAAUUAAGCAGAUUAGGAUUAACUAUUAAAAACAAUACUACUCCAAUAAAAAAGGAGCAACCAGAUAGCAGUAGUAACAGCGUAAUGCAAAAGUUGGGAAAACUGGGCGGCAUUAAAUUAAAGUUAAAAUCUGAUGGAAAUAAUGCCAACACUUUUAAAGUAAUAAAUGGCCUUAAGGACUUCAAAGCAUCAGAUGAUGAAGAUGAGGGUACUGAUCAAGAAAAAGAAGAGGCUCAAGAUGAUUACAACAAAUCUGAAGAGAGCAAUGACUCAAAAGAACAGUAUGCAGUUAAAUCACCUAAGCUUUCCGAUUCCGAAGACUGUGCAUCUAAACUUCCGAAGUUGCCCGAGGGCCUCAAAUUGUCAAUCACAAAAACUACUCAAAAUCAAACAAAAUGUGCACCAAUAAAAGUACAAUCUCGAGGUAGACAAACUGUAAAACAAACCCCUACAAGAGCAAAGUUACAAUCUACGAAGAUGGCUCCGAAUAGUCCUCCAGCCGACCCAGUUAAAGAAACACAGCCCUCAACCCCUGAUCGGCCGGACUCUAAUGCAAGCGCAGAAACCGUAAUAAUUAAAAAAGAAGUAAACGACCCCAGCGAAAUGUCAACUAAUAAACCAAUAUUCUCUUCGGACAUAAUAAAAACAGAAAGACUCUCUCCACCGCUUCCUGAUAGUUCAUCUGCGCCGCUUCUUACAAAAAUUAAAACAGAAAAUGACGUAUCGUCACUUACGACGACAACGGCCACUGCGACGACGACUACGCCGUUGUUACCCGUUACAAAAACUGAGGAGCCAGUAACAAUAAUAGAGAUAAAUGGUGAUUCGAAUGAUGAAGAUGAUGAUUGUUGUGUUGUAUCCACAACCCCUGCACCAGACAUCAAACCGAAAGUUGAGAAUGAUAGCCCAAAAAUUGAAGAAGUGUCAUACCCAACCCCUUCAUACUCCACUUCAAAUACAUUCUCAAUGCCACAAAGUAACUACACGUCAACGCCCGGCCUAACUUCCAAUGCUUCAAUGGCUUCGACAGAAUAUAAGCAUAAUUACAACUGGAACGUACAGGACUCUAAGCCUAUAGAUAUGUUAGAGAAAAGUGCCGAUGACUUAUAUGAUAGUUUAUUAUCCUCUGGCAAAAAAGAAAGUAUGCUGUCUGACACAAGUGAAUACAUAUCAUUAGAUAAACUAGGCACGCAACAGACUUGUGAUGUAUGUAAUACAAGGUUUACAGAUUUAUCCUUAUUAGAUGAGCACAGAAAAAUAACAGGACAUUCACAAAGUUUAGUUCCAUCAACGUCUACGAUGUUACCAUACAACCCUUCUUCUAGUUUGCUGUCGUCUCUCUUACCAGUAAAGCAAUUAGCCGAUCAAGUUGGAAAGCUUUCAACUAUAGGCAACAGUGGACCUGGGUACACACAUCAGCAAAAUGUUAUGAUUAAUAUUCAAGCGUAUCCCGGUAGUGCUGGCGGUAUGAUGCCGCAAACACCAUAUAACACUUUUCAGGGAGCGCCAUCUAUGCAUUCAAAUUAUCCCCCAAACACUAAUAUGUAUGGAGCAUCAGGACAGGGAAUGCCGGGGCAAUAUCAAGGUGAAAAUUACGUAGGGUCAAGCGUGCCAUCUUACGGACAGUAUCCACCUCAAAUGUCAAAGACUGGCUACUCUGGGACGAUGCCACAUAAUGCCUACUCGACGGCUCCGUAUGCCACUCCUUCUCCACUGCAAGGAAUGCAACAGGCCGUUUAUGGACAGUCGGGUAUGCUGCCCACUUCCUCGCCUUCCCAACAAUCAUAUGUUCCCACUUCAAGUCCAAGUGGACACAUGAAACCACCAUAUAGUAAUAGUGGUGGUAUUAUGAUUCAAAGUGUUCAAAAUUUUCCACCCAGCCAAAUAGCUACAACUACAAUGACAACUUCCGUUCAAGAUGUACCUCACUCUGCUCCAGGGAUGAUGCCUCCGCCUGCUGCAAAAGUCUCCGCUGGCCCCACGUUGCAUGCAAUUCGACCACGAAUGCCUGGCAUUCGACCUGGGCAAAGACCCACCAUUCGCGCGGGUGCACAGAUACAGGGCCACCUACGUCCUGGAAAAAUAUCCCAGAGAAUGCCCAUUAAACGAAUGGGAACAGCGGCAGGUGGCCCUUCUGCAAAGCGGCGCUCCGAUAUGUUACUACCGGGCAAGCACGAAAGCGACGAUUGUCAAGUCAUGGCAAUGCAAAGGCAAAGAGAAGGUCUUCCUUUAAUACAAAGCGUAUCAGGCGCCAAAUUAGGAAGCCAAAUCUCAAUAACAAAAAAGACUGUUAAUAAAGAAGCUAAUGCAAUGGCGAACGUUCUCGCUUCCCGGGGCAUAAGCGUAAAACAAAAGCAGAAAAGUCGAACACCAUCACCGGAGAGGCCAAUCCCUCAUUUACCCAAUCUGGGCUCCGAUGUCAGUAUCAAGCAUACGUCUAAGUCUACUAAAUUCAGUAUACCAGAGGCAAAAGUUGGGUCCAGUAUGACAUCGUGUAAAAUCUGUAAAAGGAUAUUUGGAAGCUACACUUCCCUUCAAGCCCACAUGGAGACCUCUCAUCCACAAAGUAAAAUACCUGUCUUCAAAUGCGAAGACUGCCCGGCUUCAUACGCUAAGUCACUUCAGUUGCAACACCAUAAGCGAGUGUUUCACAAUGCGAAAACGCCUAAUAAGGAAUUGGGCUUGCCCGUAGUAGAUAUGUCCCAACCUGAGCAUCUAAAGAAGUUAAGUUCGUUAGGUAUAUUCAGUUUUAUUCCGUUAGCAGACAGAGAGGGAGCCAAUAGCUGCUUUGGUGUACCUGUGAUUUCUAUACAUAGUUUAAAUUCCGGCUUCACAUCAAGUUUACAAGGUAUUUGUGCUGAAGGUUUACUGAGCUUGGGGCCUCUGAAACCAUUACCGAACAGUUAA